CAGAGUCAGAAGGGAACACAAGACAAAGCACAUCACAAGCAGCUUUCGUUUCCAAUCUUAGGUUCUUGAUCUUGCAAGCAGAGAGUACAAGCUCCGCAGAAGGGAAAGAGGCAUUAAGUUGCAUAUUGUUGCAUUUAGUUGGAUCAGAAUGGAGCAAGGGCAUGGACAGCCCCCUGCUAUAGUCAGUAGUACAUCUCAACUGCAAUACGGAACAAGUCCGUAUCAGCCUAACCAAAUGCUUGCUGCCUCAAAUCCUGGAUCAGUUACUGGUCAGCCCGUGGGAGCUCAGCUUGCACAGCACCAACUUGCCUAUCAGCAGAUCCACCAACAACAGGAACAGCAACUCCAGCAACAACUUCAGUCUUUUUGGGCAAAUCAGUAUAAAGAAAUUGACAAAGUUACCGACUUCAAAAAUCAUAGCCUUCCCUUGGCUAGGAUCAAGAAGAUCAUGAAGGCUGAUGAGGAUGUGAGAAUGAUAUCAGCUGAGGCACCAGUUAUAUUUUCCAGAGCAUGUGAAAUGUUUAUUUUAGAGUUGACAUUGCGGUCUUGGAAUCACACGGAGGAGAACAAGAGAAGGACACUGCAGAAGAAUGAUAUUGCUGCAGCAAUCACUAGGACUGACAUCUUUGAUUUCCUGGUUGACAUUGUGCCUAGGGAGGAUCUGAAAGAUGAAGUGCUAGCAUCAAUCCCAAGAGGAACAAUGCCUGUCGGAGGACCUGUUGAUGCACUCUCUUACUGCUAUAUGCCACCUCCACAUGCACCUCAGGUUGGAGCUCCUGGGAUGAUAAUGGGCAAGCAUGUGAUGGACCCAGCUAUGUACGCCCAGCAGUCUCACCCCUAUAUGGCACAGCAUAUGUGGCCACAAGGAUCAGAGCAACAGCAGUCGCCCUCAGAUCAUUAGUAACUUUAGAAUUAAUGGAAAUAUCCCUCCUGAAAAGGUGCAGUCAAGAAUGGAGCUGAAAACAAAAGCAUGACUUUUUGUAAAUAAUAUGCUGAAAAGAUUAUAGCUGAUUGAGCUUUCUUUUACAGCCCCUUCUAGACUUUAAUGUUAGCCUCUCAUUUUUUUAUGAGCAAGGCAGGUCAAAACAUGUAUAAAUGGAAAUUGUAUUGUUCGAUUCCAUGUUUAGCACAGAACAUAUUUAUUUU